UUAGUUUACAUGUACUUUAGUGCAACAAAAACUGCCGGUUCGGCUGCACGCUUGGUUGUGUCGCUCGUACUUUCUUUGCUUUCGAGAAGGAGAAAAGAACAAAAUCACACUGGUUUGCAAUAUUUUUUGAACGUUUUUAUGAUAAAAUUGUGUUUUAGUGAUGUGACUUGAAUCGAUUGAUUUGUCGAUAAAGUGACUUUUAAUUGAGAUUUUGAUUGACUUAGAAGUUGUGUUGAGGUCAAAAUGUUCCAAUACGAGUAUGAGAAGCGUCCGCCAUCAUCUACCUCCUGCGAGAGCCGAGCCACCAUGACCACGGACUGGAGCAGAGUAUACCCCACUGCUGGGACCAGCGGAACCAGUGGGGCGAGUGGGGUGAGCGGUAAUACGGCUGCGAGGCGCCCCCUGCCGCCGAGGCCAAUUGUGUGUGACAGGAUUCCUGCGAAACCCACCGUCCCUUUGAAAGUGUGGAUCGUCGCAAGCGCAUCGUGCUUCGCGGUGUGCGCGGCGCUGGUGCUGGCCACCGUGGUGCUUACCAGGUGGGGCGCCGGCCAGACCUACACUGCUGAACUGUUUGACAAUCCUGAGCCAGUCUACUCGAAUCAUCCAAAAUACACACAAAAAGAAACGCCCACAAAACAAUCGUCAACAGAAUACACAGAACAGACGGACGAUAUCCAAUUACCGAUAUUAGAGAAGUUGCCAAUUUUCAAAAACGCCAUCGUAAUCCGCGAUAGAAAAGCUAAUCUUGCGUCUAAACCUCAAAUACAUCCAAUACACGAAAGCAUAGAACACGAAGAAAGAAGAAUCGAAAAGAAACACGAAGCGAAAUUGCCUCUAGAAGACAACACAAUACCAGAUUUUAAACCAACACUGCCUGAUAUAUUCAUAAAUAAACAUAAAAAUAUCAGACUAUCCGAUGGUUACGUGGCUGGACUGCGCAAACAAGAUGAUUACAAUGACUAUUACAAUGACGAAAAUCUAUACGACGAUUACAUUCAAAGUAAUACAAUGAUUAGUUAUUUAAUAGAGAAAGUGCAAGAAUUACAUAAUUGGUUAACAUCAGAUCCAGAUUUUGUUGUUAACAACAAAAAUGGUACUAAAAAAGCUAGCGAUCAAUUUGGACAAGUAUUAAAAGCGUUGAACGAAAGUAUUUUAGAAGGGAACGUAUCAAUAGUUUUGGCCAAAUUGAGAGAUAUCUAUUUUGGAGAUAAUUAUACUGUGUCUAAUAAUUCAGGGAAGGUUAUAUUGAAUACGACAGAUCUAUUAUCGUUCGGGAUAUUGUCGUUGGAUGUGAUGUUGCUGCAUAAUAUUCAGCUGAUGGCGUGGGAAAAUCAGGAGGCGACGCGUCUAAAAAUGCUGAAGGACCCAAACGUGUUCGCUUUCAACGCCCUCUUCAUGGACCCUAGCAAGAUUGAAGGCAUACAGAACGAGAUAUCAGCGUCCACACAGCGCUAUGACACUGACGACGGCGCUUUGACUAUCAACACGGGCGCUAGCGUUCUGGACAACAUUUUGGAGAUCGGCGCGAGCUCGGCGCGGGCGGCCAUACACCUCGGACGGGCUUACAGGAAUACGAAGCUGGCCCUCAGCCACGCUGCGCACGCGCCGCAACGACCGCUCAGGGACUCGCGGCGAGCAGUGUACACAGAAUUGGACUGCGUGUGGCUGGUGUACUGCCGUAACCUGAUCGCCAGCAGCAAGCUUCCCGCGCCGUACUCCACCAUGGCGAAGAUAAACGGUGUAGCGCUGCGCGUGUUGUGGGGCGAGCUGCCGCUGGCGGGCGCGGCCGCGCUGCCCUGCGACCGCAUGUUCCCCAGAUGCAGCAAAGUGAAUGCCGCCGGCGUGGUGCUGGACGCCAUAACGCAGCCGCUGAGGAAAGCACAAGUUAAUAGAGCACGGUGAUUUUUUACAACAAAUUGACUGAAACAACUUAAACUUAUUGCUACGAAACAUACAAACGUAACACGUCAUUAUGUCCACAUUAUCUCUUUUCCCCAUAUCUUUAUACGGUAAUUGAGAAAUCCUAAUACCACAAAAUAAAAUAAAUAAAUAAUUAAAACUAAAAAAAGGAAAAUUUUUGUAUACGACUUUUGUUAUUGUUAGUUGAUGUUAGUCUCUAUGUACCUUAUGCGCCUUUGGAAGGUUUUUGUAACAUAUUGUUGUAAUUCAUAAUUAAUUUAUUUGCAAACAUGUACAGCAUAAGGAUUACAUAAUAUUGUGCAGUUAAAUAUGUAACUAAUACCUUUGUAUAGCUUUUUUUGUGUUCCCAGAGAGUUACUCCACUCCCCAGGGUAGUGUAUUGCACAUAAAAUGCUUAAAAACUAGGUUACAAUAUGCAUAAUUACAUUUUGAACCUGCUAUUUGAUACAAGUUAAAACUUCUGUAUAGUUAAAGCCGUCUGCAUCGGUAGGUACCUCGCUCUCAUCAUAUCAGCCGUCAAACAGGGAAUUACAUUGUUGUGUUUUGGAUUGAAUUAGGUUAGGUCAGUGUGAUUACAGGGUACUGUGGCAAAAGAUUCCUGGACAUAAAGUAGGCAACGCGCGUUUGACACCCCUAGUGUUUUGCACGCGUUGAUAUGCUGAAGUGACCACUUACCAUAAGGUGGGCUUUAUGCUACCUACUUGGUAGUUUAAAAAAAAUAUACUUAGUUAGCUGUAGUCGUGAAGGAAUAAGUACAAAAAUACUUUUUACUUUAAUUAAGCAAUAUGCAUAUAUAUAUAUAUUUUUUAUAUAAAUAAAAAUGCAUUUUUUUAAUCUAAGUACUUAGGUAUAUUUGAUUUUUAUAAAGUUUGCAAUGCUGAAAAAAAACUUCAUUUAAAUAUUUUUUUUGAGUUUGAGUUUAAUACAAGAUUUAUUUUAUUUUUACUUUGCUUUUGGCAUGUAACGAAUUUUUUAUUUUAUUGAAAUCUUUUUUUAUUAUUUCUUUGAUGAUGAUGUUAAUGGAUGGAUGGAUUUUAAUGUGAAGUAGGUACUUAUCUAUUUGUUGUUAAAGUAAAGCUUACAGUCUGUAAAGAAAGUGAUGGAAAUAAAUGACGGCGCUGUGUCCUGUCGGCCGGCAACACUGGGCGUUUAUCAACCAAUGUUGAUCGUUCUAUUUGGUGUUGCAAUCGCAAAAAAAUAUUUAUCGUCAAAAAUAUGUUUUCUUCUCUUUGUUGACAGUCUGUACUGAUUUUGAUAAACUUAGUUUAGAAGAUCUAUAAGCACCAUUAAUUUAGAUUAUUAUAAUAAGUAACACAGAUGUCGACGAUCAAAUUAAAUAGAGUUAUUUAUUCGGAAAGUGGGUGCUUAACUUAUAUUAAAAGAAUUACAUCAGGACCGAUCACUGAAAAACAUUUCAGUGAUCGGUCCUGAUAUAAUUCUUUAAGCAACAAAAUAUAAUGUUUUCGAAAUAAAAGCAAAUUCGUAGGAUUCAGCUGACGUCAUAAGCAAGGGGCUUCGUUCGACUAUAUUGAUAAUUCGCAAAAUUUGACUUUCAUAUUACAUUAAAUAUUUUGUUUAAUUAUCCGUUCCAAUACUAAACACUCAAUGUUGACCGCGGACGAGGGGGGCGGGUGAGGUGGGAGGGCAGCGCUAACGCAAAGACGUAAACAUGGAAGUACGAAUGUAAGGACACGACAAUACAAGGUGACUUUUAAUACAUUGGUAAUAAUUUGUUUACAUGCUCAGUCCAUGAUUCUGAACAACUGUCAGUAUGGAAGUAACUCCGAAAUCGCGAAAAAAAAUUAGCUGUUCUAUACAAAAUUAAAUAGGUACUUACCUAUGUUUCAAGUUGUUCAGUACCGUCGACUGAGCAUGUAGACAAAAUGACGCUUAUGUAUAACAAAUCACACAAUCACACAACUUUUAAAAACAUUUAUAUCUAAAGUUUAACGAGUUUUAAUAUAACUGAAUGUCAUAUCAAAACUCGUUAGAACAAACGUUAUUGUUUACGAUGUCAGCUACCUACAUAUGCUAGGCUGUAAAACCGUUUGGCUGUAAAUUAGUUUUGCUCUUUCUGAAAUAUUUAUAGACAACAUAAUGAAUAACAAGCGAAACUUAUGUAUUUUAUGUUAAGUACUCUCUUUCCGACCAAAACAGACUAACGUGUCGUUAUAAUUUAAAUCGCUGGAUACGGCCUACAAUACAUAUAUUUAUGUGUAGAUGAAAGCGUGAUUAUAUACUUAAGUCCAGUCUAAAGUAAAUAUAAUAAUCAUAAGUUAAUAUUGAAUCGUUAAUGUUAUGUUUAAAUGGACUGAAAAUAAAAAAUAUUAUAUGUU